CUUUCUUUGCUCUUUCUCUUGCUGCUACCCCCUUUGUUUUCACUUUUGUCUCUGUUAUCCUCUCUAGAAUCUCAAGGGAGCUUCCAUAGCCCCUAUUUGAAUUAGCAAAAAGAUAAGCUUUAUUGGCUCCUUUCAAUUGUGUAGCAAGUGGAACUCAAGGAGUGUAGGAAGGAGCUUUCUAGGGGGGAAUGGCUGCGGUUGAAAGUGAGGAGUCUGGAGUGGGAAGGUCUGUGGAGGGGAUUUCAAGUGGGCAGCGUUGUCAAGCAGGGGAAGCGUUGGCAGAGUGGCGGUCUUCUGAGCAGCUAGAAAAUGGAACACCUUCAACUUCACCCCCUUACUGGGACUCUGAUGAUGAUGAUGGCGGUGGUGGAUCAAAACCUUCUGAACUAUAUGGAAAGUAUACGUGGAAGAUAGAGAAAUUUUCACAGAUUAACAAAAGAGAACUUCGUAGUAAUGCGUUUGAAGUUGGUGGCUACAAGUGGUACAUCUUAAUUUAUCCACAAGGUUGUGAUGUUUGCAACCAUCUCUCAUUGUUUCUCUGUGUUGCUAAUCAUGACAAACUUCUUCCAGGUUGGAGUCAUUUUGCACAGUUUACAAUUGCUGUCGUGAAUAAAGAUCCUAAGAAAUCAAAAUAUUCAGAUACUUUACAUCGAUUCUGGAAGAAAGAGCAUGACUGGGGGUGGAAAAAGUUUAUGGAGCUUUCAAAAGUUUAUGAUGGAUUUAUAGAAUCCGACACCCUAAUCAUAAAAGCUCAAGUUCAAGUCAUCAGGGAGAAAGCAGACCGGCCUUUUCGUUGCCUUGAUUGUCAGUAUAAGAGAGAACUUGUUAGAGUAUAUUUGACAAAUGUAGAGCAAAUUUGUGGCCGUUUUUUGGAUGAGAGACAACAAAAGCUAGUAAAGUUGAUAGAGGACAAAGCUAGCUGGUCAAGCUUCUGUGCUUUCUGGUUGGGGAUUGACCAAAAUGCCAGGCGCCGGAUGUCCAGGGAGAAAACAGAUGUGAUUUUGAAAGUAGUUGUGAAGCACUUUUUUAUAGAGAAGGAAGUGACUUCUACUUUGGUGAUGGAUUCACUUUAUAGUGGGUUGAAGGCACUAGAAGGUCAGAGUAAGGGCAAGAAAGCAAAGUCAAAAUUAUUGGAUGCUGAAGAAAUGCCAGCACCAAUUGUUCAUGUGGAAAAAGAUAUGUUUUUGUUAGUGGAUGAUGUGCUACUACUUCUAGAGAGGGCAGCUUUGGAACCACUGCCUCCGAAAGAUGAUAAAGGUCCUCAAAACCGAACAAAGGAUGGAAAUUCUGGGGAGGAUUUCAACAAGGAUUCAAUUGAGCGUGAUGAGAGGCAUCUUAUGGAGUUGGGCCGCAGGACAGUGGAAAUAUUUGUUCUCUCUCAUAUUUUCAGCAGCAAGAUUGAAGUUGCCUAUCAGGAAGCUGUUGCUUUGAAAAGGCAAGAAGAACUCAUUCGUGAAGAAGCUGCUUGGCUGGCUGAAAGCGAGCAGAAGGCUAAACGAGCACAAUCUGAAAAGGAGAAAAAAUCAAAGAAAAAACAGGCUAAGCAAAAACGGAAUAAUCGGAAAAGCAAAGAUAAGGGGAGGGAGGAGAAGGCUAUUGUGGCAGCACAGGAGAAGCACCAAGAGGACCACCCCAAUGAUGAAAAAGAAGCCUCCGUGAUGGGGGAGCAGCAGCCAGUGCCUGAAAAGGUUGAUGUUCUGGGUGAUGUUUCUGAUGUUUCUGAUUCAGUUGAUGCUGCCACAGAAGUUCUUCCGCCUGACUCAGAAGACAGAGAUGCCAGUCCUGUUAAUUGGGAUACAGAUACAUCAGAAAUUCAUCCUCCCACAGAAGCCUGUACCCGUAGAAUAAGUGGACUGUCGUGUGUACAAAAUGAAGUGACUGAUAGGAGGAGCCCAUCUUUAAUGGAUGAUAGUUCAUCAACGUGUUCAGCAGACUCUGUACCAUCGGUGGUCAUGAAUGGUCCCUAUAAAGGGAACUCAUUUUCAAACCACAAUAAAAAAUCACUGAGCAGAGGAAGGAACCAGCGAAGUAAAACAGUAAGCGAUGGCAGUAGUUGGACUACAGCUUCUGAUAAUCGGCCUUCUUGUACUGCAUUAGAUGCAGGGCAUCAACAUGAUGUUUCUGGAAGUAGUAAGGCCGGUGAAUCUGAGUCUGAGCCUGCUGUUUCCUCGUCAGAUCUGACAAAGUGGUCCGAGCAGGAUACUGCUAGGAAGGUGGAAGUUUUGCCGCAAAAGAAGCCCAGCACCCAAGGUUCAGUUGAUUUAGAAAGACCUGAAGAGAACACGGCUGCUGUGCCAUCCUCUCCAAGAAGCCCUUCCAGAAAUUUGCCAUCCUCCGUGCAGUUUAGGUCAGAGUACAGGAGUGCUGGUAGUGUAAAUUCUAUGCCGGUUAGGAAGACUUCAUCAAAGUGCCUGCAACAGAGUGAUAAAUCUACAUCUUCAACUAUAUCAAUCCAAAUAACUGAUGUAUUGAAAUCAGAGACUCAGAAGGCUGCAGCUCCAAAACCAAUUGAAAAACAUACGACCCCACAAGUACCUGUGAUGUCUAGGCCCUCCAGUUCUCCUCUAAUUCCUGGUUCUAGGCCAAUUGCUCCUGUUGUUUCUAUGGUUCAAACAACUCCUUUACUUGCUCGAACAGUUAGUGCCGUUGGCCGUUUAGGUCCUGACCCAUCUCCAGCUGCUAGUUAUGUUCCUCAAUCUUACAGAAAUGCCAUAAUGGGUAACCAUAAUGUUACUUCUAGUUCAGCUGGUUUUAAGCAUUCCAACUCCCCUAGCUCAGCAGUCAACCCAUUGCCAGUAUACUCGCAACCGCCUACCUUUGUUUCUACACCAAUGUAUAUGCCCCAGAGUUCUGAGAGGAUGGAGGCAAAUUCUAUCCAAUCAGGCAUUCCAUUUGGCAUGGUAACUAGGGAAACCUUUCGGAAUGCUCCCCACUGGAUGGAGAGUUUUCAUGGGGGUAGCAAUAGAAGCAUGCACUCUGAUCCUUCUUUGCUUGGUGAGAUUGAAAAUCUUGACUUGUACAAGUCUGUGCAUAAAGGAUCCAGGGAUCACUUUGCAAUGGAGUUUCCAGCCUGUGCAUCUGGGCGUCAGACCCAAGGUGUGUUGGCAGAUGAGUUUCCACAUCUUGACAUCAUCAAUGAGUUGCUUGAUGAGGAGCACAAUGUUAGUAGGGCAGGAGCAGGCUUCCCUGCUCUAUGCAAUGGCUCAUAUUUAUUAAAUCAGCAUUCUUCUUUUACAUCCGAUUUGGCCAUGUCAGAUGAGAUGCGAUCCUCAAGUGGCUCGUGCAGAUUUGACCAUGAUGACAGGUUCCAACCAGGUUACUGUAGUUCCUCAGGCAACCAUUUUGACACACCAAGGGAAUGUAUUCCUCAAGCUAGCCCCCCACCUUAUGCCGCCAGUGGACAACAAAUUGAUGGAUUGGUCCCAACCGGGUGGCAAAUGGCAUCUACCGAUCAGUCGUUACUUGGCAUGAGGAAUGGAAAUGGUGAAAGUUACCCAUACUACAGCCCGGAGUAUUCAAGUAUUGCUCGUGGCAUUAAUGGUUAUACUGUAUUCCGACCUUCGAAUGGGCUCUGAAAAGAGGUAAAACAAUGGAGUUUUUCCACAUUUUAAUGUUGCUUGUCUGAUACAAUAAUUGAUCUGAGGAAAAUUUGACGGGGUCUUAGAUUUGGAGUGAGUUUAUAAUUUAAUCUAUAAGGAAAACAUUUUGUAAAGAGUGUUCUUACUGCUGCUUUCAUUACAUCAAGCAUCUGCAGUUUUAUUA